UCCCCCCACAGCGGCCUACCUACCUGGAUUGGCGCGGCCUUUCCUGCCGGGAUCGACCGGAGCUCCAGCAGCGGCGGGACAGCGCUGAAACAUCGCGGGGCUGGCGAUGCCUUACCGGGGGUCGCCGUCUGGAGCCCGGAGUGCCGGACCUGCUGCCGACAUCAUGGAGCUGCGGUUUGCAGAGCUCCCAACGCGGGCGGCGCUGACUACAACGCGGGGUCCUGCGACUCUGCCCAGCUCGGCCAGCGGACUCAGGAGCUGCAGACUCCGGCAGCGGGAGGCGGCUGAUCAGAAGGUCCGGGCCGCUGAGGAGGAGGCUGCUCACCGUCGGGGUUCGGCGUCGGCGUUCCACCAGCCCGGCGUGAGGGCCUGAACAUCGGGCCACCCGGGGCGGCGACUGCGGGUGCUCGGAAGGCCCCGACCACGGAUGAACACGGAGGGGAGGCUGGCUGGACUAUGGUGCCUUCCUCACCUGGGUGCCAUUUAUGUUAUGUUGUGUUGUGGACUUUCUGUGUUUGUGCUUUUUAAAAUUUUUUAAUUCAAUUUCAAUUUUAUUUUUAAUAUGUUUUAUUAUUUAUUUAUUAUUUAUUUUUAUUAUUUUUCUUGUGAUUUGUUUUUAACGAUACUGCCUGUAAGGGAAAUUCAUUUCGUUGUCUCAAAUUGAGACAAUGACAAUAAAUAAAUUUGAAUACAAUACAAGACACCAUGGACCAAAUAGACUAUGGAUACAAAUUGCUGGAGUAACUCAGCAGGUCAGGCAGCAUUGAGACAGAAAAGGUCACCUAUCCAAGUUCUCAAAAGACGCUGGUUGAUCUGUUGAGUUACUCCAGCACUUUGUGUCCUUUGGUGUAUUAAUCAGCAUCUGCAGUUGCUUGUUUCUACCGAAUGGUCAACUCCUAUUUUUGUGUUCAUUUGGUCAGUAUUUGUUCAGUACCCGUUUUCUCCCUGUCCAUUAAUAUCCAUCGAACCAUAAGUACCAUAAGAACUCAAGGCUUAUAUUUUCUGAGUGUGCAUUUUGAACAUACCUUAUUUGUUAUUGUCUAAUAUUUGAAAUUCCAACAUUGUUAGCUUUGUGUUCCCUCGAUCACUCUUCCAUCCUCUGAGUUUGGGUUUGGUUGUCAUUGAUGCAGGAAAAAUGAACUAAUUUCGACCAGAUUUAUUGUUAGCCCUCCUAUCUCAAUUCAAAAGAUUAAUGAUUCAUGCUGUAGAAUAGAAUUGUUCAGAAUCAAGGGCAAUGGGGAAAAAGCAGGAACAGGGUACUGAUUCUGGGAUGAACGGCCAUGAUCACAUUGAAUGGUGGUGCUGGCUCGAGGUACAGGUUUGUAGGUUAAUUGACUGUAUAAAUGUAAAAUUGUCCCUCAAGUGAUUAGGAAUGGGUUAAUGUGCAGGGAUCGCUAGACUCGGUGGGCUGAAGGGCCUGUUUCCGCGCUGUAUCUCUAAAUUAAACUAAACUAAACUACAUUUUUCACCUCAGUACACGUGACAUACUAAACUAAACUCAAAACACAAAAUCAUUUCUAUCACCAGAUGUUUGACGAGAUUGCAAAAUGAUGGAAAUUUUGGGUGGGCGGGUGAGGCAGAAGUUUAAAACAUUGAAAUCACUUUUCACCCUGCACCAAACCCUUUGCUUUUAAUUUCAGUAAUGGAAAUAAAUAUUGAUUGCAGUGAUGCUGAUGUUCCCACAACAGCCAGCCUGGGUUAUAAUGUUAAAGAUCUUAUUCACUUGCAAGAAAACUGAUGCAAAAGAUAGCAUGCUUCCAGGGGAGAGCAAUGAACAACUCAUAAAGAUAAUUGGUCAUGAUGGAAUUGCCGUUAUUUGUCAAGAAUGACUGCAUCAUCUACACCGAGCUGCAGUCUCUUUUGAUAUUCGUUCAGACUGACAUAUGGAAUCUGUUACUGAAAGGCUGUAUUGGCAGGCACAUAGCACUCUGCAGUGCUCUGCUUUUUAAUUAGAUUUAGUUUCAUGUUUCCAACCCCUUUCCUAUAAAUGGUUAUCGCCAGUAAACGGCAGAUAUAAAUUAUUUACGAAGCACACUGAGAAGGUCUGAAAGGCGGCAAGGAAGUUGCAACAGCAGUCAUUAGGUCCGUUGCGUGCUCGGAAGAUGGAGAAAUUUAAGACCCUGCUGAAUUUUGUCCUCAGGCAGCACACUACACUGGGCUACAGCUUUCUGGCUUUAGCAACGGCUGGAGGGGAACAACUGUUCUCUGUUGUUGUAUUCAGCUGUCCCUGUAACUCAUGGAAUUUCAUCUACAGCAUGGUUUUUCUUCUUGUCCCAGCCCUGGUUUUAUUCUUACUGGGCUAUUUCAUAAGCAACCGAACAUGGAAGCUGUUUACUGGCUGCUGCAUCAAUCAAGCAAAACGAUGCUCUAAAAGGAUCACUUUGCGUGGCAUAAAGAUUUUUGUACAAAUCACCAUGGGAACUUUAGUAGCCCCAGUAACGUGGAUUUCUGUUGCGUUGCUGAAUGGAAUGAUCUAUGAAUGUGGUAUGUCUGGCUCCUACAACAAUUACUUAAACACAUUCUGCAGUAACUCUUCCGACAAAAAAUGCCAUCAAAACCUUUAUUAUGUGCCCUGUGGUCAUUCAUCUUUGCCUCAGUCCACCCAAACUGAUAUUCGCCAACUACUUCAUGCACACUCCCAGAUAAUCGGAUGGAGCUUGAUAGCAGCCAUCACAGUAUUUGCCUUGGCCUCCACCUGCAUUGUACGCUGCUGCUCUCCAGUCAGCUUCCUCCAGUUGCAGUUUUGGAAAACCUACAAGGAAAAAGAGAACGAAGUGCUGGAGAAGAAAUCGGUUGAACAUGCUAAAGAAAUGGCAGAGAGAAAUGUGAAGAGUUUCUUCGAAUCCGUUGCACCAAAGGCGUUCAAAACUCCAACCAGAGUGGCAUGGGAGGAGAUUUCUAUGCUGUAUAACUACAGCGAAACUGACCAAUACUACAGCACUAUACAUAAAUAUGCAGAAAAGAAGAUUGAAAACACCCAUGCGUCAUCUACCUUUGUCAAUGUGGACGUACCUGCUGUGCUGGACUUUGUUGAUGGGAGCAAAUAUCCAGCUGACUCCCAUAUUUGAACUAACGCUCAGAUGAGAGCAUCUGCAGUAAAGUUAAGCUUUGCCUGGGGCCUCAAAUGUUUGUAUGCCAAAAGUAAGCAACAAUAUUUGUUUAAAUGGUGCCUUUAAUGGUACUUUGAAUGUGGAUUAUUUUUUUAACAAUUCAUAAAUUUACGUAGAAAAUCUUUUUUUGAGAAAUAAUUUUAUCAUCGAAUAUGGGCUGACUCUGAAUGGGAGCUACCAGAGGAAAUGAAGCAGGACUCCUCUACCUUGUUGCAGAAGGUUACCGUCAUAUGUUAAUUCAGACAGAAAAUUAUAAAGAGAGAAUAUCAUGAAAGCUUAUUGUUAAAUUUUCAUAUCUUCCAGUUCUCAUGUUUGAUGUAAACAAUUAUUGGAUGUUUUAUAUACUUACUUAAAUGCUUAAAAGCACUGCAUACUUAAACUCUCCCUUCACUAACAUGUUCAAUGUUCUAGUGAGAAUACUAAAGAGUAAAUUAAGAUAAGCAUUAUUUCCAUCAGUGAGCUGCGAUUGAGUCAAUGAUAGUCCCAAUUUGUAACACUGAUAAAUCAACCUUAUCUGCACAUUAUUUGAUGAUGUAUUGAAUUGAUUUUAUUAGUCAAAUGCAUUUGGAUCAGGGUUUUACCACUGCUGCUAGAUAGGUAGAUGGAUAUUCAUAAAUCAGAGCACGUGAACAGAUUUAUUAGAUGUACUCCAAGCUUGAGUAAUUCCCUUAUCAUGUAUCUAUACACUGUAAAUGGCUUGAUUGUUAUCGUAUUGUCUUUCCGCUAACUGGUAGGCACACAACAAAAACUUUUCACUGUACCUCGGUACACGUGACAAUAAACUAAACCAAACUAAACUUGAGGGUUUGAGGCCCUCAAGGCAAAAUGGUUGUAAGCCUCGGAUCCAAUUCAUGCAUUACUAAAUAGCAAUUGCUAAAAUAAUGUUUCUAGAUUGCACACUGAACCUGAUGGAUAAGGUUCAUAUGUUGUGUAGAUGUCCUAAUUCCAAGGAAUCAUGAUUGAAGGGAAUGAGAUGGAUGGAAACCCAAUUUAUCUCGUGUGACCAUCCGUUGAGAUUGAAUGAAAUGAAGAUCGAAUUAACCGUAAUUGAGAUUGCUGAAUCACUGUACCAUGUGUCAAGAUUCAGUUAAUCCACAUGUAUUUGAUAGCAUUUCUGUAACGAGAUAGCCACAAUGGGCACAGAUGGCAUUAUAAUCAGCCUAGAACCACAUCUCCAGCUAAAUUGUUUUCUCUGCAAAUGAAGGCUAAAGGGUUUUUUUUGUUUUACAAAAGGGAAAAAUCCACAAUUAUAAUCCCUUAAUUUAUUAGAAAGCCAUUGUCUUUCAAACGGGACUGAUGGGACCCAGUGCACUGGUAAGAUCUUUCUGCCUUGAAAUGAUCACCUCUGUUUUAUAACUAGGCAAAUGCCCAUUGAUGAAACCCAUACCAGUCAGUGCACUACAUGGUCUCCUUUGAGAUAAGUACUUGGAAGACUACAGCAAUUUGCAGAAUUGAAGAUCCUUUGUAUUUCAACAUUUUGUUUGCAAUUACCUAUAGCAGGGAGGCAACACAAAAGUAUUUUUAAUAGAUUUAUAUUAUAGUCUCAGACGACCAAAAAUAUCUUAAUCCAAAUAUCGAAAAAAGAUGGGACCAAAAUAUAAAAGGUGACCCAAAAGUCUGAAGAAGGGUCUCGACCCGAAACGUCACCUAUUCCUUCCCUCCAUAGAUGCUGCCUCACCUGUUGAGUUUCUCCAGCAUUUUUAUCUACCCAAAAGUACAUAGCACUUUUUGCCAGAUAAGCUUUUUUUUGCACCUUUUAUCUCCUAUUAAUUUAUUCAAUUAACUUUGAUUCUAAAUUAGAUUAUAUUUUAUCACAUCAAUUUACUGAGUAAAAACUGCAGCAAUAUUUUUAUUGAUAUGAUGUUAACAUAUACUUUAUAAUUUCAAGCAUACAUUUUUCAAAAUGCUUUCAUUGUUAAUAUUUGUAGUACCUAUAGGAGAAAAAAAAUCAGAAAUGUAUAUAUUUAUAAUGCAAAAUAGAUUUUAGUUUUUUCAGGUAAAAGCUUUAAGCCGAAGAAAAUUGGUGAAAAUUUCCUCACACUUACUCUGCACCUUCAACUCAUCAGAAUCAUAAAAAGAGUUACAAAGCAAAAAACAGCACAGGAGCUGCCCUGACAAUUUGUGGCUGUAACGCUGACGAUAUAACGAUAUGUAACGAUAUAAACCUGACAUUCUAAUGUGAAUUACAAUGUCAUUUGUUUUCUCCCUACUACACAAAAUAGUAAUAUAUUAUUCUAUCGAUGGUAAGGUAAAAUUUAUAAACAUGUGGAAGCAAAAAAAGUCAAUGUUUAUUUAAAUAUAUAAUUUUUUGAUGUGUUAAUGUAUGACAUAUGUGAAUAAGAACAUUUGUACGUUUUUUUAAACAAGUUAUAUUGCUUGGCUGUCAUUGUAUUUAUCAAUUUACUACAUCUUCAUUUAUGGAACUACAAGUGUUAUAUAGGAAUGUAGAGGCAAAAUAUGUUAUUUUCUACAGACAAUAAGAUUGUUUUGUUAAUAUUUACUGACAAUGUUCAUUCUUUCGUGU